AUGUUAAGACAUGGUACACACGAUGAUUUUGACCAUUUAUAUCCGAUUUAUAUGGCUGAAACGGUAAAUCCCUAUUUAUCAUUUGAAAUUAUGAGUGUCGAAGAAUUCAGGCCAUUAUUUGGUGAAUUGUUGAAGUCUGGUCAGUUGUAUGUUUAUGAAGUUGAUGGCAUGGUUGCUGCCACAUGUAUUGUUACUCGUCAGGAACGCCGGUGCUCACACAAUGCUCAACUUGGAACACUAGCGACAAACCCGACUAUGCAGAGAAAAGGUUUCGGGACUUCGUUUUUAAGUCAACUGAUAAAAUUGUUACAAAACGAAGGAAUAAAACGCGUUGAACUUUGCGUGGAAUGCGAUAACUUAGCGGCGAUUCACUUUUAUGAAAAGUUAGGCUUUCAAAUAGAAGGCACCAUGAAAAAGUAUUUCAAACGUCGUGAUCAAAACCAUUAUGUUGACGAACAUAUCAUGGCAAUUUUGUUGCAUUAA